UUUCAUUCAAUUCAAUUCAAAUCAGGCUUUAUUCAAUCCAAUCCUUUCAUUCAUUGCUUACAUGUGUAGAAAAUGAUACCUCUCUCUCUCUCUUGAAGUUGGAGAAACUAAAAAUCAAAAGCUGGUGUGUGCGUUAGUGUUUGUUAGUGAGUUACCUUGAAUGUGGAUUCUUUCUGUUUAGAAGACAGUUUACUUUCACUGGAGACGAAGUAGAAGUCUCCGGCUAAGUCCCGGCUUUUGAGACUCUCUUCAAAAUGUCAGCAUUUCUUAUCAUCAACAUCAACGUUUCCCAUUCAACCAAUGGUGACAUCUUAAAGUGAAUCUAACUAUAGAGGCAGCAGUAUUAACCCAGUCUUAAAAAGGAGAUGUCCUUGUUCAUUAUAGGUGUGUGAGUGUGAGAGUGAUUGUGCGUAUGUGAGUGAGAGCCUAUUUGUAUGUUUGACCGUCUCAUACAUGCUCAGGUCUACCUGUGUGUAUGUGUCAGAGUUUGGCAUGUGUUUAGUGAGGACAUGUUUAUGAAGUUUCAGCACUUGGGUGUUAACUGCAUAGCCUAUUCUAGUCUUAGCACCUACAACUAUGAAACUAUCCAACAUAUUCCUUGAUUUUAUCCAGCUGAAUGACUCGGAGAAGCAAGGCUUGGUCCAGCUGUCGUUCCAGCCAGGACUGGAGUCGCUCCUUGCUGGAGAGUUACUUACCUGUAGCAGGCUCCUCUUCGCGACUGGAAACCUGUUUGAGAUGUUUGCCCAGCCUGUGAGAAUGAGAGAGAGGAAGUCAUGGACCCCCACAUGCAGCAGAGAGAGACAGCAUCAUUCCUGGGCACGAGCAUCUCCACAAGAUACGAGAAUUUUCCAAGUAAUGAAGUGUCAGAGCUUGAUGAUGUUUAAGAGUUUGGGGACAGAUGAUCGAUCUUCGUUCUCACUUUUUAUCGGCUUUCCAGGUAAGGAUGGAGGAUCAAAAUUUUGAUUACAAAUGGAGAAAAAAUAUU